AUGCCCGCAGAGGAAGACAAAAUAACAACACCGAACAAUGGGCUUACCACCGUCCAAUUUUCCGCAGAGGAGGCGCUGAAGAGAGGAACGAUCGAGGAACGGCCACCGGCGGAACUCAAACGAGGGUUCAAGAAUCGCCAUGUCAAUAUGUUCGCCAUUGCCGGCUCGAUUGGCACCGGCUUGAUCAUUGGAAGUGGUCAGGCUUUGGCCUCGGGUGGCCCAGGAAGCAUCCUGGUUGCUUACCUGAUCAUGGGCACUUGUGUCUACACCAUCAUGACAGCCUUCGCGGAGAUGGCCAUCUUUGCCCCGAUGAACAAAGGGUUUAGUGGUUAUGCUACCAGAUUUGUUGAUCCUGCUCUUGGAUUUGCUACCGGCUGGAAUUAUUUCUUCAAAUACUCAGUCCUCCUUGCUAACAACCUCACUGCCACGGGUCUUGUGAUUCGGUAUUGGAGAGAAGACAUCAAUGUCGGCGUCUGGAUAGCAGUCUUUGGAGUUCUCGUCGUGGCUUUGAAUUUUCUCCCCGUCGAAAAGUUUGGCGAGACAGAGUUUGUGAUGGCGAUUGUCAAGAUCAUCGUCCUGGUCGGGCUCAUUCUGUGCUGUUUCAUCCUUUCUCUCGGUGGCUCUCCAUCAGGAAAACACAUUGGGUUCCGCUACUGGAAGGACCCUGGCGCAUUCGCUCCAUAUCUCGCCAAGGGCAAUUUGGGACGACUUCUAGGCUUCUGGUCUUGCCUUGUGCAGGGCGCCUUUAUGUUCAUGGGGUGCGAAGUAGUGGGAAUUACCUACGGAGAGGCGAAGAAUCCACGACGGGCGAUUCCCCGUGCUGUCCAGCAGACAAUUUGGCGCAUUGCAGUCUUCUAUAUCGGGGGAGUCAUUGUGCUGGGCAUGACUGUACCGUAUACCAACGAGCUACUGUUGUCGGCAAAUCAAGAGAAAACCAGUGCUUCCGCUUCACCUUUUGUGGUUGCUCUGAAGCUUGCAGGCGUCGAAACAUUGCCAGCCCUCGUGAAUGCGUGCUUCCUCAUGUUCACCGUGAGCUUUGCCAACUCUGAUAUCUAUAUUGCAUCCCGAACCCUGUACGGUCUCGCGCGCGAUAAGCAGGCCCCCGCCAUAUUCAUGAGAACCAACCGGUGGGGUGUUCCAGUCUAUGCAGUCAGUGCUGCAUCAUUGUUUUGCUGCUUAGCCUUCCUCAAUGUGUCCAGCUCGUCGAGUAAGGUGUUUAGCUACUUUGUCUCACUCUCCACCGUCCUCGGUCUGAUAAACUGGCUCAACAUUGUCAUCACAUACUAUUGCUUCCAGAAGGGCAUCCAAGCCCAGGGAAUCACCCGGGCAGGGCUGCCUUGGAAGGGGCCCUUGCAGCCCUACGGAGCGUGCAUCACCUUUGCCAUCACCGUCAUCGUCAUUAUCUUUAACGGGUACGCUGCCUUCAUCGGCGGCUUCAAACUGGACAAAUUUGUUACCUCAUAUCUGGGAAUUGUACUGUACGUGUUCAAUAUUGUAUUUUUCAAGACAUGGAGGCGGACCAAGCGAGUUCGGGCAGAAGAGAUGGAUCUGGUUUCCGGUCGACGGAUGUAUGACCAGGACGCUGACGCCGAGGAUGUUCCAAAAGCCGUUACUCAGCGGUUGAAGAGCGCACUAUGGGGUCAAUAG